AUGACUUCCACCUUCAUCAGCUCUUCCUACCCUCUCCUGGCUCCUAAAGCAACCAGUGUCUCCAUCACCUCCAUUGAUAUUGGGGGUCAGCCUGGGGCAGAGGUCAAGGAUGCCUCCCAGGGUCUCUUGGCCACCCUGGCUCAUGCCAACCGAGUCCGUGUGGGGUCAACCCCUCUGGGCCGACCCAGCCUAUGCCUUCUGCACAGCUGCUACACUGCUUGCUCCUUGCCAGGGACUUGCCACAUUCCAGGCAACAUUGGAAGCUGUGGGACCUAUGGUGAAGGCACUCUGAAUGGCCACGAGAAGGAGACCAUGCAGUUCCUGAAUGACCGCCUGGCCAACUACCUGCAGAACGUGCGGCAGCUGGAACAGGACAAUGCGGAGCUGGAGACCAGGAUCCGAGAGUCGAGCAAAUGCCAAGAGACUGAAGUGUGUCUGAACUACCAGUCUUACUUUUGGACCAUCGAGGAGCUACAGCAGAAGAUCCUGUGCAGCAAGGCUGAGAAUGCCAGGCUGAUCACACAAGUUGACAAUGCCAAGCUGGCUGCCAAUGACUUUAGAAUCAAGCAUGAGAGUGAGCUCUCCCUGUGCCAGCUGGUGGAGGCAGACAUGUGCAGGAUGCACAAGCUCCUGGACGACCUAAGCCUGGCCAAGGCUGACCUGGAGGCCCAGCAGGUGUCCCUGAAGGAGGAGCAGCUUUCCCUGAAGAGUAACCACAAGCAGGUAGAGACUCAUGGGGGAUGUCAGCUGGGGGACAAGCUCCGGAUUGAGCUGGACACCGAGCCCACCGUGGACCUGGGUAGGGUGCUGGGGGAGAUGCGGUGCCAGUAUGAGGCCAUGGUGGAGACCAACCGCCAGGAUGUGGAGCAGUGGUUCCAAACUCAGUCUGAAGGCAUCAGCCUGCAGGCCGUGUCUUGCUCAAAGGAGCUGCAGUGUUGCCAGUCGGAGAUCCUGCAGCUGAGAUGCACGGUGAAUACCUUGUAAGCUGAGCGCCAAGCCCAGCACACACUGAAAGACUGUCUGCAGAAUUCCCUGUGUGAAGCCGAGGACUACUAUGGCACUGAGCUGGCCCUGAUGCAGAGCCUGAUCAGCAAUGUGGAGGAGCAGCUGUCUGAGAUCCGGGCUGACCUGGAGCAUCAGAACCAGGAGUACCAGGUGCUGCUGGAUGUCAAGGCCCGGCUGGAGGGUGAGAUUGCCACAUACUGGAACCUUCUGGAGAACGAGGACUGCAAACUCCCCUACAAUCCCUGCUCCACACCUGCCUCCUGCAACCUUUGUCCAAGCUGUGUCCCCCCUGCCUGUGGGCCCACCUCAGCUUGUGGAGGCAACACCAGAAGCUGGUUCUGA